AUGGCCAUAACAAUCCUACCGCCGGCGCCGGCAGAGGCCCCACGCAGAAGCAUCCGCGAUGCAGACCUCGACACAUACGGCGAAGACGAAGACGAAAUGGAGAUAGAUGACCUACCUUCUGGUCACCGCAGAACGACACAAGUCAUAACACCAGGCCAGAUCGUAACAGACGACCCGCAAUGGAUGCGCGGUCACGGCACAUUCGCAGCAUCCGACGACGCAAGUUCAGCGAUCCGAUCGACCUUGGCAGGUACUUUACAAAAGACGAACAAACUCCUCAGCGUAGUUCCCCUCCGAGCGCGAUACACACCCGAGAUCGGUGACCUCGUCAUCGGUCGCAUUGUGGAGGUCCAGAGUCGGCGGUGGAAGGUGGACGUCGCUGCGCCUUUGCUGGCCAAUCUGCUUCUCAGCAGCAUCAACCUGCCGGGAGGAGCUCUUCGGAGAAGAACCAGCGUCGACGAACUCAACAUCCGCUCCUUCUUCGGCGAAGGCGAGCUGCUCGUUGCGGAGGUCCAAUCUCUCUUCCAAGAUGGUAGCGCCUCCCUCCACACCCGCUCUCUCAAAUAUGGCAAGCUGCGCAACGGAUACUUCAUGGCCGUCUCCGGCGUGGGCGGCGGCGCAGGUGUCGUUCGCUCGAAGAGACAGAUUUUUACACUUCAAACAGCAAGAGGUGGGGAGGUAGACGUGAUUCUGGGCGUCAAUGGAUACAUCUGGAUCGCAAAGCACGUGGAAGAGAAGAGGGAAGAGGUUGGGUUGAAUCGAUUGGAAGAGACGGCGAGCCAGUCUAUGUACUCGAGCCAGAAUGACGAGAUCUCGACGGAAACGAGGAGGGAGAUUGCGAGAUUGGCGGGCUGUAUACGGGUUCUGGCUGAGGGGAGCGUGAAGGUUGAAGAGGAUAAUUUGAGGAGGGCGUAUGAGGCUAGUUUGGAGCUGGAUGAGAUUGAGGGCGAAGUGCAGUAUUUGGGUGGGGAGAGAGGCAGGAGUAUUGUGGAUAUGGUGCUUGGGGGAUGA